GAUGUUGUUGUUGAUGAUGUUGUUGAUGAUGUUGUUGAUGAUGUUGUUGAUGUUGAUGAUGUUGAUGAUGUUGUUAUUGUUGAUGUUGUUGUUGAUGUUUUUGUUGUUGUUGUGUUACAGUAGAGGCCCUCCACCUUGGCACUCUGAUGGCAGCCCACGGCUACUUCUUCCCCAUCUCAGACCAUGUGCUCACACUGAAGGACGACGGCACCUUCUACAGGUUUCAGACUCCCUACUUCUGGCCAUCUAACUGUUGGGAACCCGAGAACACAGACUAUGCUGUUUACCUCUGCAAAAGAACAAUGCAAAACAAAGCCCGCCUGGAGCUGGCUGACUACGAAGCUGAGAGCUUAGCCAGACUACAGAGGGCCUUCGCCAGGAAAUGGGAGUUCAUAUUUAUGCAAGCUGAAGCACAAGCAAAAGUUGACAAGAAGAGAGACAAAAUUGAGAGGAAGAUUCUGGACAGUCAAGAGAGAGCUUUCUGGGACGUGCACAGACCAGUGCCUGGAUGUGUGAACACAACAGAAGCCGACAUCAAGAAGUCCUCGAGGAUGAAGCAGCCUCAUAAAAGAAAGUCUGUGUACGGCCUCCAGAAUGACAUCCGGAGCCACAGCCCCCCCCACGCCCCCUCUCCAGAGGUCAUAGAUCCCACGGAGGAGGAGUUACGUGACCAGAUUCAACACUGGCAAGCCCAACUAGACAGGCAUCGGUUAAAAAUGUCCAAAGUGGCAGAAAGCUUGCUGAGCUACACAGAGCAGUAUGUAGAGUACGACCCCUUCUUCACCUCCCCGGAGCCCUCCAACCCCUGGACCUCUGAUGACACCACCGUCUGGGAACUGGAGACCAGUAAGGAGCCAGGCCAGCAGAGAGUGAAGAGGUGGGCAUUUGGGAUUAACGAGGUGUUGAAGGAUCCUGUUGGGAGAGAACAGUUCCUCAAGUUCCUGGAGUCGGAGUUCAGCUCAGAGAACCUCAG